GCUCCCCGCCCCCCUCGCCAAGAACUGGCCGUGAUUGGUUCAGCCGCCCGGCUCCUCCCCUCCGCGCGCUCCGAUUGGUCGCGGCCAGACAGUUGAGCCGUUGACGGUUGAAGCUUUGAAAGCGCCGGGGCGCCGCGGGCAGGAGUGGUCACCUCCGGGCCCGCCCGCCUCCUAUUGGCUCUCCCCAGCGUAAGCCCCGCCUUUUUCUCACAGCCCCGCCCCACGCCGCCAUGGCGGGCGCUUCGCCGCCAUUUCAGGGUCUGCCCUGAGGGGCGCCGGGCCCGGCCAUGGCCCCCCACCCCGAGGGGCUGCGCUGGUACCAGAUCCCCCUCUCCUCCGCCCGCAUACCCCGCUCGGGGCUCUUCAGCUAUGGCUUCCAGGCCAGCCUCCAGCGCUACCAGCAGCUCCGUGCCCUCAAGAACCUCCGGGUGGGCCGCCCCGUCGCCCCGCCGCCCCCCGGCCUGUUGGAGCCCUGGCCCCCCGGCCCCCCGCCCGCCAACAGCCCUCCCCGGGUCUCCCACCGCCCACGGGGCGCCGGCAGGGCACGAGUCCCCUGGCACCCCAAGGCAGGGACCUGGUCACCCCUGCAUUGUCCCCACAGCCCCCAUGCCCCAAGGAGGCUGGGGGAGGCUUGGUCACCCCUGCAUUGUCCCCAUGGCCCUCCCCCUGCCCCAAGGGGGCCCCCGGUCACCCCCACAUUGUCCCCACGGCUCUCCCUGAGCCCCAAGGGGAUCUGUGGUGACCCCUGUGCUGUCCCCACAGCUCCCCGGCGCCCCAAGAAGUCUCCUGGCACUAGGAAACGGGUGAGCAGAGGGCAGCAGCCUCCUGGCUCCCCUCAGCCCCAUGCCAACCGGCAGGAUGCGGCCAGCCAGGGCUCCCCAGGAUGCCGGGUGGCACCGGACAGUUCCGGGCAUGUCCCGGUGCUGCCAGAGGCAGCUGGGAGGUCCCUGGGCGGUGAGGCCAACCAUGGCCAGCGCCCUGCAGCUGGGACAGUGCCGCAGCAGGCAGGCAGGAGCUUUGGGGGGCAACUGCCAGGCACGACGGGGGGGACGGUGUCCCCCACAGACAGCGAGGACGAUGACCUGAUCCCACUGAAGGAUAUGCUGCUAGCAGGGGACGAGCCCCUGAGCUCUGCAGACCACCAGCAGGUUGUGUGCCCACAGCCGGAUCCGCUUGCCAACAGCCUGGAUUCACUGAUCCGGGAGAAGAGGGAGCAGAGCCAGGCAGCCAUGCUGCAGGCCAGCCUGGCCUGGGUGCACGUGGAUGACGCCAGUGCCUCCGAGUCCCCGGACGAGGACACCCAGCUGCCCGAGGAGUACAGGGAUCUCCUGGCCCGCUUCACCACGAAACCCAGAUUCAUCCCCGCCGUCCACCCCGGGGAACCCGUCUUCUGCGCCCACCCGGCACCGGCACCCACCCUGGACACCCAGGGGCUGCAGCCUCAGAGCGUGUUGGAGAGGUUCUUCCUCUGCAACUCGCCUGCCUGCCAGGCAGCUUUUGUCCGCAACGGGGGCCUCAGCCUGCUCUACCGCUGCGCACCCACCUGCCCGCUGCCCGUCCUGCGCUGGCUCUUCCAGCUGAUGACCCUCUGCCCGGACACGACCAACGCUUCCCAGGCGCUGUGGGAGAUCUGGCUGACCACCGGGGGCGAGCCCUGGUGUCCCACGGUGCAGGAGAUCGGUUGGGCUAUCGCCCGUCUCGGCGCUGACCUGAGUCCCCUGCGCCGCCAGCGCCUGGUGCCCCCUGAGCUGUGCCCCACGGAGAGGAGGAACCUGGAUCCAUCCUGCUCCCCGAGACAGGCGAGCCCCGAUGCCACCAGCACGCUGGCCCUGGUGACGCAGCUCGGUGACAUCUGCAAGUUCUUGGCGCUGUGCCUGGUCACCCAGCCGUGCCGCUACGCCGACAGUGCCCGCCUGGCUCUCGUCACCCUCCUCUCCUUCCUCGGCCUCGACCGGGCGCUGCGCUGCCAGCCCCUGCCCGAACUGCAGCAUCUCCUGCACUGCCUGCUGGAGGGCAUCCGGGACUGGCAGGAGCAGCUGCCUGCCCUCUGCCUGUCCCUCUGCCAGCUUUCUCGGCACCACCACAACCUGGUUGCCCUCAUGCGGCUGCUGCCGGACCUCACGAGCAGGGGCAGGUACGUCCCUGCCCGCAGCGCCGCAACCGGGUGGGAUGCCAAGCAGAGCUGGCAGCGAUGGCCUGCCAGGCGUCCCGUGCCACCCGCGCCCCGCGGAUUGGUGACGGGGAGCCCGGCGGGAGCUGGCACGGCCCCGCGGCACCGUGCCAGGGCCGGGCGGGCUGGGAUGCGUCUGCCUCUAAUUCCUUUAUUCCAGACGGUUGCGCAGGCACAAAGCGGGCAGGAUCCGGCUGCCGGCACCACCGCCCCUCGCCACGGGUGUCCGGAGGGCACCGGGGUGACGCCGGCGCUGCGUGGACGGCACCGUGGGAUGGCGGUGACGGGCGCAGAGGCGGGCACGGGCACGCGGGCACGUGCCGGACCCUCCCUCACACUCUUCCCCUUCUUCCCAGGGAGCCGCCGGCACCUGAGCCUUCAUGCCAUGGCCCGGCUGCUGAGGGAGCCGCCGUGCACCGUGCCGCCCCCCGGGGCGCACGCAGAGCUGCAGGUGCUGGGCCGGUUCCUGGUGCUGGCGCAGCCGGAUACCCUGCGACGUCUGGUGCUCGCCGGGGGCCUGGAGGAGCCGGAGGACGCUGACCAGGAGGCUUGCUACCUGAGCUACAGCCUCCUCCUCCUCGCCAGCAACGUGGUGGGCUCCGAGCACCCGCCGGCCGAGCAGCGGGGUCACCUGGAGCAGCUCUGCGCCCAGCUGGACCGGCAUUUUGGGAGGGGGCUGCGCGAGGGCAGCGGGCUCCUCUUCCGAACCCAGCUCAAGGGCCUGGCCGCCCUCCUCUACGUCAAGUGGCAGGAGAUGCUGGCCUAGGGCUGGGGGGUCCCGGGGUCCCCCGGGG